AUGGAAAAAAGUCCAGGGUUUUUAUUCUUUUUUGCUUUUUUGGUUGCAAUGAAACUCUGUUUGACAUCACAAGUCCAAGAUGAGGUGAAGAAGCAAUGUGACCAAAGGCUGCUCAUUAGGAUGAAAACCAAAUGUGUGCCUUGCUCUUUAAACCUUGACACCCAGUGCCCUGCUGGUUACACCAAAAUUACCAAUGGGACUGGGACACCGGACUGCAGGUAUUACCUGGAAACUAAAACACACACACUUUCUUUUUCGGGCUGUCGACACCGUUGCGUGAAGGAAUUUGAGCAACCUGAGUGCUGCCAGGGACACUGGGGCCCAGACUGCAUGGCAUGUCCAGGGGGAGCUGCAUCACCUUGCAAUGGGAGAGGACGCUGCUCGCAGGGCAUGGCUGGGAAUGGAACGUGCACUUGUCAGAAAGGAUUUGGUGGGACAGCCUGUGAAAAAUGUGCUGAAGACAAUUUAUUCGGUCCUGACUGCACAUCAGUUUGUGGCUGCGUUCACGGAGUGUGCAACAGUGGGAUUGCAGGGGAUGGGAGCUGCACUUGCUUGUCUGGAUACAAAGGGCCCCGCUGUGACCAGCCCAUAGCAGAGUGUGAGGCACUGCAGUGCCCUGCCCACUCCAGGUGUGCUGCCUCAGGGGAGGAUGGAAAACAGCUGGAAUGCACCUGCCUGCCCGGAUUCCACGGGGACGGUAUCCAGUGUGAACCUAUCAACCCGUGCUCCAGCAAGGUCUGUGAUCCUAACGCCGACUGCAUUUUCCUUGGGCCAAACCAGCACAAAUGCACCUGUGGAGAAGGUUACACAGGGGAUGGUGAAAUCUGCCUGCCCAUAGACCCCUGCCAGGCAGCACAUGGGGGCUGCCCUGCACAGUCCAGCACCUGCAUCUACGAUGGGCCAGGAAAGUCCCACUGUGAAUGCAAGGAGCAUUAUACUAACUUUGUACCUGGGAAAGGCUGCAGCAUGAUGGACAGCUGUGAAACAAACAAUACCUGCCACAAAAAGGCCAAAUGCUCCACAGUUGCACCAGGACAGAUUAUGUGCACGUGCCAGGAGGGCUCCAUUGGGAAUGGGUUCGUGUGCCAUGGGAACAUCGUGGAGCGCCUCCAGGAGCUGAAUGCACAAGUGGGAGGACAGUGGCAGGGCAAGCUGACAUCCAGCCUCCUGCUCAUGGAAAAUACCUAUGAAUGGCAGCUGAGCACUCUGGGACCAUUUACUGUGCUUGUACCAACAAACAAGGGACUCAAAGGCACAAAUGUGAAGGAUCUUCUGAAAAAUAAACAGAAAGCCCAGUACUUCAUUAAACUCCAUAUUAUUGCAGGUCAAGUGAACACCAGUAGCUUGAAUAAUGCUAAUGUAAUAUAUACUUUGACUGGCAAGCCAGGAGAGAUGUCAAAGGGAGAAAAGGAUAAUCAAUUAAGGAUUAGAAUCCAAGGAGGAAGGGGGAAAGGAAAAAUUUUGCAGGGGGAUAUUAUUGCUUCCAAUGGAAUUUUGCACAUUAUUGACAAAGCCAUGGACAGUGUGGGGCCAACAUUUGAGAGCAGCAAAGAGAAAACUAUCAUGUCAUUACUUCAGGCUAAUGGAAGAUGCAGCCAAUUUACAUCUUUGAUAGAGAAAACUGGCCUAGGAGUGGAUUUACAGCAGGACAACCAGGCUUACACAGUCUUUGUUCCAAGCAACAAGGCUCUGAAUAACAUGAAAGCUGAGGUUCUGGAUUACCUGCUUUCUGCAGAGGGUUCCUGGAAGCUGCUGGAGCUGGUCAGAUAUCACAUUGUCUCCAACACUGAGCUAGAGGUUGCCAGCCUUGUCUCCAUAGAGCACAUCAGGACCAUGGCAGAGCAGCUCAUCCACUUUAACAGAACCAGCACUGGACAAAUCUUGGUGAGUGGAGAAAAAGUGGAAGAAACAGAUAUUGUUGCAAAAAAUGGUCGCAUUUAUAUCCUUGAGGGCGUUCUCAUCCCACCCACAAUUGUUCCAAUCCUACCACACUGGUGUGAGGAGACAAGUCAGUUCACAAAGAGGUACAUUAUUGAAUGCCCAACCUUUCAAAGAAUGGGCUGUGCUAGAGCCUGCAAUAUUAUAGUGCAGGAACCAAAGUGUUGCAAAGGCUUCUUUGGCCCUAACUGCAGACCAUGCCCAGGAGGUUUCUCCAAGCCCUGCUCAGGGAAUGGGCAGUGCAUGGAUGGCCUGGAUGGAAAUGGAACCUGUGUUUGCUCUGAGGCAUUUCAAGGCUUGAGCUGCCAGUUCUGCUCAGACCCUGGCAAAUUUGGGCCUCAGUGUGACAAAGAGUGCCCCUGCAUCAAUGGGAAGUGUGAUAACCGAGCAGACAGCGACGGGAGCUGCCUGCCUGGAUCCUGCAGAGCUGGAUACACAGGGAAACUCUGUGAGCAGCAGAUUGCUCCCUGUGAGCCCUCCCUGCAGCUCUGCCAUGCACAUGCAGAGUGCCAGCUCAGUGAUGGCACAGUGAGCUGUGUUUGCAAACCUGGCUAUGAGGGAGAUGGCUUCAGCUGCACCAAAGCUGAUCCUUGUGCUGUUUUAAACCCUGGUGGCUGCAAUAUCAAUGCUGAGUGUGUUCAGACAGGCCCAGAGGAGCACAGGUGUGUUUGCCAGGCAGGAUGGACAGGAGAUGGGAGGGACUGCUCAGCCAUCAACCCCUGCCUGCUGCCCAGCACGGCGCGGUGCCACCAGAAUGCCUCCUGCAUCUACAUCGGGCCGGGGCAGAAUGACUGCAAGUGUAAGGAUGGAUUUCAGGGGAAUGGAAUUGAAUGCACACCCAUAAACUCGUGCCUGGAACAAAAUGGAAAAUGCCAUCAUCUGGCAACCUGUGAGUUUGAGUCCUCCCGUGGCUGGCAGUGUGUGUGCCCAAAGGGGUACGAGGGGGACGGCAGGACCUGCUAUGGAAACGCUGCAGAUGAGCUAUCCACUCUGUCAGAAGCAGCUGCUUUUAACCAGUGGGUUAAUGAGGCCAAGAUAAACUCAGUGUUGUCCACCAGCUCAAACCUGACUGUCCUUGUGCCUUCUCUGCAAGCCAUUGAGAACAUGGAUGAGGAUGAGAAAGCCUUCUGGAUGUCAAAAAGUAACAUUCCAACUCUCCUUAAGUAUCAUGUACUGACAGGAGCUUACAGCUUUGCUGAUUUCCAGAAUUUAUCGUCCUCUGGCAUGCUGCCAACAUCGCUGCAGAGCAAAUUCCUACACUUGUCUAAAGAAAAUGGGAACCUGACCCUCGAGGGCGCUCACUUUGUGGCCAGCGACAUCGCAUCCACCAACGGGGUCAUUCACGUCAUUGAUAAGGUGCUGACCCCAUUGCGCAGCGCUGUCCUGCCGAGGCUGCUGGCCCGCCUGGAGCAAAUGCCCGACUACUCCCUCUUCAGGGGCUACAUUAUUCAAUACAACCUGUCUAACGAAAUAGAAGCAGCAAACGCAUACACAAUCUUUGCCCCAAGUAAUGAUGCUAUAGAAAAUUACCUAAAGGAUAAGAAAUCUGCUACUUUGGAUGAAGGCCAAAUCCGCUACCACGUUGUGCUGGAUGAGAAGCUCCUGAAGAACGACCUGCACAAUGGCAUGCACAGGGAGACCAUGCUGGGCUUCUCCUACCAGGUUGGGUUCUUCCUCCACAACAGCCAGCUGUACAUAAAUGAUGCUCCUAUAAGCUAUGCAAAUGUUGCCACGGACAGAGGAAUUAUUCAUGGACUGGGAAAGGUGCUGGAAAUCCAGAAGAACAGAUGUGAUAUCAAUAAUACUGUGAUCAUUGAGAAGUGCAGAAUUUGUUCACAACCAUCAAGCUGUCCCCCAGGAACAAAAGAAAUUGCAGGGGUGAAGAAGUACUGCAUCCUCACAGAAAACCACAUGAGACAGUACACCAUCCAGAUUGGCUGCAAGCCCAAGUGUGCCAAAACCAUCAUUAGCAGGGAGUGCUGCGCGGGCUUCUUCGGCGCGCAGUGCCAGCCGUGCCCGGGGAAAGCCGGGAGCGCCUGCUUUGGGAACGGCGUGUGCCUGGAUGGCAUCAACGGCACGGGCACCUGCCAGUGCCAGGAGGGCUUCGAGGGCACGGCCUGCGAGAGCUGCAGCCCAGGCAGAUACGGCCGAGGCUGUGAUCAAGUGUGCACUUGUGUCCAUGGGAAAUGCAGCAGCGGGAUUGACGGGGAUGGCUCCUGUGAAUGUGACGUUGGCUGGAGAGGAGUGACCUGUGACACUGAAAUCAAAGAUGACGCAUGUAAUGCCUCGUGCCACACCAGUGCUAACUGCCUCCUCCUAUCAAAUGGCACUGCCUAUUGCAAGUGUGCAGCUGGCUUUGAGGGGAACGGGACAUUCUGCACAGCUAUUGAUGCUUGUGGGAGCAACAACGGGGGCUGCUCCUCCAAGGCAGAGUGCAGGAGAACAAGCCCGGGGAGCAGAGCCUGUGUCUGCAGCGCCGGCCACACCGGGGAUGGCAUCGUCUGCCUCGAAAUCAACCCUUGUCUGGUGAACAAUGGUGGAUGUGAUAGAAAUGCAGAAUGCACACAGACUGGACCCAAUCAAGCAGUAUGCAAUUGUCUGAAGGGAUAUUCUGGAGAUGGCAAAACCUGCACCUAUAUCAGUCUGUGCUCACAAAAUAACGGAGGCUGCAGUGAAUUUGCCAUCUGUAAUGACACUGAGCUGACAGACAGGACCUGCACCUGCAAACCCAACUACAUUGGGGAUGGAUUUAAGUGCCAAGGCAACAUCUUCCAGGAACUUCUCAGGAAUUCCAACACAUCUAGGUUUUAUUUUCACUUAGAGACGUUGUCCAUCAGAGAUAUCUCAGGCCCCGGCCCUUUCACCCUGUUUGUGCCUCACACAGACGUACUGAACAGCGACCCACGGGUCAAGGACUGGACUGCCAAAGGAGUGCUGGCUCAGGUGCUCCGGUACCACAUGGUGGCUUGUGCCAGCCUGCUGUACAAGGACCUGACAGCCGUCACCAACAUCACCUCCCUGCAGGGUGACCUCAUACACAUCAGCUACUCACAGAACUCACUGGUUUUGAACAACAAAGCUGAAAUUGUACUCAGUGAUACUGUUGGCACAAAUGGUGUGAUCCAUGUCAUAAACCAAAUCCUGGUCCCUUCACAGAUGCAGGAUUUCCCCCUCAGGAAGGAAAGUCUAAAAAUGGUUGCAGCCAAGCAUGGGUACAUUCUGUUCAGCACUUUGCUAGAGAAGAACAACCUGCUGGGGCUGAUCAAUGACCCCAUUCACAAACCAGUCACACUCUUCUGGCCCACUGACACAGCCAUCCGUGGGCUGCCCCAGGAGCAGCAGGACUUCCUCUUCAAGAGGGCCAACACCAACAAGCUGGUGCAGUACCUCAAAUUCCACAUUGUCCGUGACGCUGCGGUGUUGGCCUACCAGCUCCCCAGCUCCAGCCCACUGAAGACCCUGCAGGGCUCCAACCUCACUGUGAGCUGUGGGGAUAACGGGGAGAUCGGCUCCCUUUUCCUGAAUGACGGGCAGUGCAAGGUGGUGCAGCGGCAGCUGGAGUUCGACGGCGGCGUCGCCUAUGGGAUCAACUGCCUGCUGGCAGAGCCCAGCCUGGGCGGCCGCUGCGACAGCUUCCUCACCGUGGAGAUAAUGGGGCAUUGUGCUAGCUGUUUCAGUAACUCUAAAUGCCCUCCAGGGACAAAACCAAAGGAAGGGAUCCAGUGGUGCACCUACGAGUCCUACGGGCUGCGGAGGGACGGCUGCCGCAGGAACUGCUCCAUGGCCAUCCGCGUAGCCAAGUGCUGCAAGGGCUACUUCGGGCCAGACUGCCAAGCUUGCCCAGGGGGCCCAGAGACCCCCUGCAAUGGCCAUGGCUCCUGUGAUGACGGGUACACGGGGACAGGAGAGUGUCGCUGCAGCGGCGGCUUCAACGGGACCGCAUGCGAGCUGUGCCUGCCCGGCCGGUACGGCUUCACCUGCAGGGCUUGUGAAUGCAAGAACAACGGGCAGUGCGAUGAAGGAUACUUGGGGACAGGACGAUGUUUCUGUGAAACAGGAUGGACUGGCCGGCUCUGUGAAACCAAGCUAGCUCUGCCCCCAGUGUGCUCCCCGAGCUGCUCGCCCAACGCCGUCUGCAUGGAGAACAACACGUGCCAGUGCAAGCCCUUGUAUGAUGGGGAUGGCAUCACGUGCACAGCUACAGAACUUUGCAAACAGAACAAUGGUGGGUGCCACAAGGCUGCUGAAUGCACGCAGCAUGGGGUGAAAGUCUUCUGCAGCUGCCAGAAGGGCUACAAGGGAGAUGGCUUCACCUGCCUGCCCAUAAACCCUUGUGCUGAUGGCUUCAAUGGAGGCUGCCACGAGCAUGCCAUCUGCAUUGUCACAGGACCUGGCAGACGCAGGUGUGAGUGCAAAAGCAGUUUCAUUGGUGAUGGGCUGAACUGCUCCGUGAUGCAGCUGCCCCUGGACCGCUGCCUGCAGGAGAACGGGCAGUGCCACCCCGAUGCUGCCUGUGCUGACCUGCACUUCCAAGACACCACGGUGGGGGUGUUCCACCUGAGGUCCCCCGAGGGGCAGUACAGGAUGACCUACGAGCAGGCCAGGGAGGCCUGUGCCAAUGAGUCAGCCACCGUGGCUACCUACGAGCAGCUGCUGUACGCACAGAAGGCGAGGUACCACCUGUGCUCUGCUGGCUGGCUGGAUGGUGGCAGGGUGGGCUACCCCACCGCCUUCUCCUCCCCAAACUGCGGCUCCGGAUACGUCGGCAUCGUGGACUAUGGGAGAAGAGUCAACCUGAGCGAAACCUGGGAUGUUUUCUGCUACAGGGAGAAAGAGGUGAACUGCACCUGCAAGCCAGGCUACGUGGGGGAUGGCAUCUCCUGUAGUGGGAACUUGCUGCAAGUGCUGAUGUCCUUCCCAACGCUGACAAACUUCCUCUCGGACAUCAUGGCUUACUCCAACACCUCCAGGAAGGGGAGAGAGUUCCUGCAAUACCUCACAGACCUGUCAGUGCAGGCCACCCUCUUUGCUCCCAACGACAGUGGGUUAAAGGAAAAUGAGACCCUUUCUGGGAGAGACAUUGAGUAUCAUUUAUCUAAUGCCAAUAUAAUGUUUUAUGAGGAUUUGACCAAUGGAACCACCCUUCUCACUCGUCUAGGGAAAAAACUCCUCAUUACAAGCAUGGGGGGCCAGGAACAUCAAAGCAAGAUCCGGUAUGUGGACAGAAGUGCUAUUGUUGAGUGGGAUAUAAUUGCUUCCAAUGGGAUAAUCCACAUCAUUUCAGAGCCUUUAAAGGCUCCAUCAGAACCUGCUCCUCUCCAUGCCAGUACUGGGACAGGAAUAUUCUUUGGCAUCUGUCUAGUUACUGGAAUUGUGGCUCUGAUUGGAUACUCUUACCUCAGGUUCAGGAAGAACAACAUCAGCUUCCAGCACUUCAAGUCCAAAGAUGACACUGACACAACGCCAUUGGACAAGCCACAGCCUUCAAAUAUUACCAACCCUUCAUAUGAAAGUUCUUCAACACUGACCUCACCAGAACCUACUUAUGAUCUUUUCUCAGAUUCAGAUGACCAACAGCUUGCGAUGAGUGGUCCUUAUGAUCAGAAUUAGAAACUGAAUUUGGCAUUAGUCAUCUAAUAAACAUAUUUUUAUUUACGCUUACUGUGAAAAAAAAGAGCACCUACGUUACAGGGAAUAAAAUCUUGUUACAAAUUAAAACCCAAAUGAGCACAUUUUUAAGAUGCCUUCUAUAUAGCUCACAGAAAUACCAAGUUUGGAAGCGUUGGCUGAAUCUGAGCAGUGCCAACUAUAAGUGCCAAAAGCAAAAUUGAGUCUCAACUAACCCACCCAGAAGCAGACACCUCUCUGGGGAAAGCAGCUGAUUUUCACUCACCUGCUUUUUAACUGCUGUUCUUUUCCUUCACAGACUUUAAAAUGGCCACAAAGCACACAGAGGGCUGCUAACUUGGCAAAUAUCCUAAAUUUUCUAGUACUGCAGGCCUGUGCUUUCAUUUUGGCUCAGUUACAAUUAGAACAGGCAAGUGUGAAACAGAACAUGUGGUAAACUUCUAUUUUUAAACAGAGGGGAUUUUUUUGGCUGGUAUACUUUCCUGUUAGAUAGUCAGCAGCAGGAAACAGCCAUCCUGACUGUCCCCCUUGCCUCCUCCAGCUUCUCUGUCUUUCCUCAACCUUGGUUUGCUGUUUGCUUUACAUGUCACCUCACUGUCCAAAGGGAAGCAGUAAUUGAGGCAGCUUCAGUAAGAAAUGCAGAUGAUGACUAGUUGGAACAGGAAAAUAAAUUCAAAAAACCAGUAUUUGAGUUUCUGGCUUUCCUGUCUCCCCCCUACUUGAAACUGGGCUGCCUCACCUGUAGUAAAAUUGAAGCUGUACUCAAAAGCUGCAUCUCAAGGCCAACUUCAAAGACAGCUGAAUUAAACUGGACUUCAAAUGACACUGUAUGACAGUGAGUAUGUCCAAAUGAACCAUUUUUGUGCAAAGUGGACUGUGAGGAUAAACAUCCCCUGGCCAUGUAAUGUCUAUAUUCAGUUCUUCUGGCCUGAAGGUUCUUCACACACUCUCUUUUUACCAAGCACAGCAGCAACAGCUGCCACUGCCACCACACACCAUUAGAGGCAGAUCAAACUUGAGUUUGAUUCAGUGUCACCUCUGUCCAUCAAAAUAUUAAGUAUCAUAAUGAGAACAUGAAAAAAAAAAACCCCACAAAACAGCAAGAAAAUAAAGGUUUUCUUUCUGGCAGUAGUGACAUCCUCCCAGUCUUUGGGGGCAGGAGGGAAGCUCAGGGAGGAAUUCCCUCAGAACAAGGCAGGGGGCAAAUCCAGUGUUGCUGAUGCAGCUAUUAAGGGCAAGGAAGGAAAUAUAACAUGUAAACACAAAUUCAUCUGGAUGAAACAAACAUACAGUCAAUUUCCUCAACUUCUCCCUCCAUCCACCUACACAGGUCUGCUAGUUUUC